AUGCUUGCCCCCUCUCAGCACCAAUUUCUUCCGGAUGAACAACGCAUUCAACUGGUCUUACUCUCUCCGAAUUUUAAUGCAGAAUUCAAAAUACCUACAUUGGAUCGGGAUGUGAGAAUCAAGUUGAGAGAGAUGGGAGAGCCCAUAACCAUGUUCGGAGAAGGACCUCCCGAACGAAGAGAACGAUUGAAGCGACUGGUGGUCAUUCAGAGGCUUAGAGAGGAAGAGGAACGGAAUGAGGACGAACGAAGAAUGGAUGAACGUGAAGAUUACACUGGACAUGGAUCGGAAUUAAUGGCUGAUUUCCAAAGAGAAUUAAUAGCCAAAGGACGACAAGAUUUAAUUUCAACUUUGGCGAAAAAUCAAUUACAAGAAGAGCAAGAGGAAAUGGUCGAUGAGUUGGAAGAAAAAGAAGAUAUUACUCAACAAUAUUUUACUUUUGAAGCAUCAAAUACAAAUCUUGCAAGUGUACGAGAAAGCAUUGCCAUGUAUUCAUUACAAUCAGCACAGCAACGAUUGGAGACAAUUCGUGAGUUUGUGGAUGUUGUGAAAAAAGAUAAAAUGGGACAACAUACCUCAAAACCAGGAAUUGCUGCACAAUUGGUCGAUCGAAAAAACAGACUCAUGGACAAUGUUCAAAAGCGAUUAUCUAUGGUGUCCUCUGUGAUUGGAGAUUCACGGCCGAUUUCACAAAUUAAAAUACUAGGUCACGAUUUUGGAAAAUGCAUAACAGGAGCUUGGUCUGGUGACAUGAAAGUUUGGCAAGUUGCAAAUCCAUGUUUUAAGGAAGAGGAGCCAAUCACGGAUGAGACUGAUGAAAAAGAACCAGAAAUGCCCUUACAGGAUGAAGAUGAAUCCUACAGCUGUUCCUUAAUUAGAUCCUAUACCAAUGCUCAUGACGAGAGAGUGACAUGUCUUCAAGUGAGAAAUGAAUUCGUUCUAAGCUCGUCGGCUGACCGAAUCAUCAAAUUGUGGAAUAUGGAAGAUGAGUCAGAAAAACCAGCACAAGUUUUUAACGUUGUGGAAUCAGAGUCUAAUGACAUGACCGAUCACAAUUCUGCAUCUUCUGAAGAGCCUGCUCUGAAACGAGAGAACCUCAAAGCUGGAGACAUUCACACUGCUGUCAUUAAUAGGCUCUCCAUUCACCCCAAUGGACAACAAUUUGUGAGCACAAGCUCUGACCACACUUGGUGUAUGUGGGACUUGUCCACUUAUCAGCCACUCUAUAUUCAAGAAGGCCAUUACUGCCCAGUGUAUGCAGUAGAUCAUCAUCCAGAUGGUGGAAUUUUGUGUACUACAGAUUUUAAUGGUGUUGUCAAGUUAUGGGAUUUGAGAACUGGUUUAUUAGUAUGCAAUUUACUGCAUCAUGUCAAGGAUGUGCUUAAUUGUUCAUUCAACCCAUACAAUGGAGUGAAUUUAGUGACUGGAGGUUUAGACGGGCUAAUUGACGUAUGGGAUUUGAGAUAUGUCAAGCAUAGCUUAAAUUCUGGAGCAAAACAAACAGAUCCAAACUCGGAUCAUUUUAGGCAAGAGCCAUACUAUUCUAUACCUGCAAGUUACAAAUUAAUGAACACGAUCAUGUAUGAGCCUUCGUGUGGAAGAUUUAUUAUAUCUAGUGGAUUUGAUGGAACGAUUCGAUUCUGGGAUACCAUUUCAUUUAAGCCUGUCUCUCAGUUUUCGAUUGGAGAACGAAUUUUAUGUAUGGAUGUGACACAAUAUCCUAAUUGCUGUUUUGUGCCAAAACAUGAGGAUGCUCACGAGUUUGGAAAUUGGAGCGAACAUUUAAUGCUUGUUUGUGGAGGCUUUGACAAAAAGUGGAGAAAACUAACAACCUUUUGCAAACGUUGA